AUGCUGAGAAAGGGUGAAGUCACUCGGAGUCACCCUGAUGCUGCACCUGAGUUAAACGUGGGGCCACAGCUGGAGCCGAUAUGCCUUGAGAAGACAGAGGACAUUACUGUGAGUGAAGACUACGGCCUCCUUGAAAAUCAGCUCCGUGUGGAGGAUUUCGUGAAGAUGCAACAGGUCUUUGAGUCCCAAGAUCUAAGACAAACCAUAUGUAUGCCCAGGGAAGAAUUCAUACAGAAGAUGCUAGAGACUUUGGGCUGGGGCACCAAGCAAGAAUUUGGAGAACUCUUUGACAAAGCAGAUGUGGCCCGGGAUGGCUUCAUUGACUGGGACAAGCUGACUUCAUUUCUACUGCUAUCACUUUAUGAGAGAGAUGAACGAGCAAAGGCAACAGUGGUUCCUCAAUGGAAGGACCUUGUAUUUCUCCCAGGAAAACACAAGGACACCAUUCAGAAAGUAGUUUUCUUAAAAACGUCAAGUCGUUAUUUGACUAUCAGCAAGGAAGGCUUACUCGGAGUCUGGGGAGAGAACUUAAAAUUGCAAGAAGCACUUCCUAUCACUUCAGAUGCUAGCAAACUCAAACACCUCUGGGUGACAAGUUUGGUUUCUCUGGAAAAUGUUAACAAGAUAGCAGUGGCCUUUACAAGCAAAGAGAUUUGUUUCUAUGAUCUACUGUCUAAAGAAGAAUUUCCUUGUCAAUACAAACUCCAAGGCCUGAAAGGAACUCCCAUCUGCAUGGAUUAUUGGUAUGAUCCUCUUGAUCCCAAGGAAUCCAUCCUUUCUUUUGGGGAUGUAACUGGAAAGGUUCAAGGGAUUGCUUUCACGGCAGCCACCAUUUCCCUUUUUGAACGGCCUGCUAAUGCACGUGAAGAUGAAGAAGCCACAAUGACGAUCGACUGGCCAGAGCUUCUCUCUGGAUGUCACAAAUGUUGUCACGUGUUACAGCACACACUUCAUCAUGGAGACUGGGUCAGGCAAGUGACUUACAAUGCCUCUUUAGAUGCUUUCAUUUCCAGCACAACCAGCAGUAUAAAUACUUUGGUGCUGGCGUGGAGAGAGAAGGCAAAAAGGCUCCUUAAAAUGACACCUUUCAACAUUGCCCAGGGCGUUCAUGCUUUUGAUUACCACUCUCGGCUCAAUCUAAUUGCGACUGCUGGCAUCAACAAUAAAGUUUGCCUUUGGAAUCCCUAUGUCGUCUCUAAACCUGUCGGUGUUCUAUGGGGUCAUUCCGCCAGUGUCAUAGCAGUUCAGUUCUUUGCUGAAAGAAAACAACUUUUCAGCUUCUCCAGAGAUAAAGUCCUGAGACUCUGGGAUAUUCAACACCAGCUGUCCAUUCAAAGGAUAGCUUGUGCUUUCCCUAAAGGGCAAGACUACAGGUGCCUGUUCCACUUCGAUGAAAGCCACGGACGACUUUUCAUCUCCUUCAAUAAUCAGCUUGCCUUGCUGGCCAUGAAAAAGGAAGCCAGCAAGAGGGUGAAGAGCCAUGAAAAAGGGGUCACCUGUGUCCUUUACCAUUCCCUCCUGAAGCAGGUAAUCAGCUCUGAUGUGGGAUCUACUGUUUCCUUCUGGAUGAUAGAAACAGGGCAGAAAAUCAAACAGUUUUCUGGUUGCCAUGGCAACGCAGAGAUCAGCACCAUGGCCUUGGAUGCAAAUGAGACCCGACUUUUGACUGGCAGCACAGAUGGGACUGUAAAGGUGUGGGACUUUAAUGGCUAUUGUCACCACAGCCUAAAUGCUGGGCAAGAUGGAGUUGUGGACAUUUCGCAGAUCCUGGUUCUUAAGAAGUCUAUCCUGGUUGUAGGCUGGGAGAGAGCAGUUACUGUGUUUCGACCCCAGAACUUCAAUCAGUUUUCCAUCCAGUCUGAAGAAUGGAGAGGAGGAAUCCAUCACCAAGAUGACAUCUUGUGUGCUGCCUUUUUACCCCCACAAACUCUUGCUACAGGGAGCUAUGAUGGAGAAAUUGUUCUGUGGAAUAGCAGCACAGAAAAUGCUCACCAUGUCCUUCACCCUGAUUACCAGAGACAGCUAACAUCUAAAUUAGACCCAGAAGCCCAAAACGUUAAUGCCAAGAGAAGUUUCUCAGCACACUGUUUGGCAGAGCAGGCCACUCAGGCUGCCCGAAAAGUUGAGACUGACACAGAAGGUAACAAUGCUGUUACGAAGCUUUGCUUCCUUGAAGGAAGAAGAAACAAUGCGGCGUCAGGAGGUGCUAACCUGGUGUCAUGUGGAGCAGCUGGUUACGUCAGGUUCUGGGAUAUAUUUAAGAAAGAACUCUUGGCUGAAUUUUUGGCUCAUGCUGGAGUUGGAUCCAUUAUUAUGUCUACUGAUAAACACAAUCAAUACCUUGCCACUGGAGAUCCCGAUGGAUGGCUGAAAAUCUGGAACAUAGAGGACUAUUGUACCAGUUCCACUGGGAACAAAAUCAUCCAGCCUCCAACCUUGAUCAAAUCAUUUCAACCCCAUGAGGACCGGAUAAGUUCUUUGCAGAUGUGUGAGUCACGUGGUCACUUGGUUAUCAUUUCCUCCUCUGUGGACCGCAGUGUCUGUGUGACUGGGCUUUGCGAUGCUCCUGCCUUGGUCUUUGGUCAGGCAAGCCGUUGGGAUAUUGAAAACUAUUUUUCUCUUCCUAAAAGAGGUACUAGUUUCAUAGAAAGUGGAAGUCAAGAGGAAAGCGUGAAAAUAAUUCCUACCUUUUCUAAAGAGGAGUCAUGCUUAGCCCCAACAGAAGACUUUCUACUAACUGAAGAAAGCAAAGACAAUUUAAAGCACCUAGUCAGAUCAUUAGAAGAAACAAAUUUCAGCCUGAAAUAUAAGAGAAACAUCGAUAAGAAAAAAACAUGUAAACCUUGCUAUCAUGAAAUUAUACAGAAAUCAGCCAGCACCUUUAGGUCUUUAAGCCUUAGAAGCUUGAAAGAGCUGCCUGAAGUGACUCAACCAGCGUUUCUUCUGGACCCCGACAAAUAUUUUAAGGAAGAACCAGAGGAAGAUGAGCCCCCAAUUCCGGAGCUCCCUUUGCUCUCUGAAACUUUGAAAGCUGUAUUUGAUGAGAAAAACCUGUUCCCUAAAGAAAUUCUUGAUCAUGAAAGACAAGACAAGCAAUUGUGUCAAGAAACAAGUGGUGAAGUGAAGAUAAAAAGAAACAAGAAGCAAUUAUGAUCAAACAGAAAAACAAACACACCGCUGUGGCAUAAACCACUCUCAGAAAAUGCCAAGAAAUGUCCAGAAUUCCCCUUCUCUGUUGCUUUACCUGUAAACUUCAAGACACUAGGUCUUCAGAAUGUGUUUGUUCUGUUUUCAUUCAGAAUUGUCACCUCCUCUGUCUAAUUUAAGAAGGAAUAUACGAAAGACUGGCUUAACAUGGAGGAAUG